UUGCAAAUAACAGAACAAAAGGUACAAGUUGAAUUAGAUGUCAACGAAGAUAUUUUUGUACAUGCAGAUGAACAACAUUUAAGAGCUGUAUUUGUUAAUCUUUUGGAUAACGCUUUAAAAUAUUCGGGUGAAAAAUGUCUGGUUAAAAUCAUAGUAAGAAAAGAAGCGAACAUAGCAAUAGUUAAAUUCAGAGAUAACGGUAUCGGCAUUGACGAAGCAAAUCAAAGAAGAAUAUUUGAAAAAUUUUAUCGCGUACAAAGUGGAAAUUUACAUGAUGUGAAAGGAUUUGGCUUGGGAUUAAGUUAUGUGAAGUCGAUUGUGGAAGCGCAUGGUGGACAUAUUGAAGUGAAGAGCGAGUUAGGAAAGGGAACUUACUUUAGUACAGUAACAACAAAUUUUAAGCAACUUAAUUUAAUAGAAAAUGACCGUUGUGUAGCAAUAAAUGGAACAGCUGAAUUUAUUCGUGACGGAAAAAGAGUUGCGUAUGUUUCUUCGUGUGACGUCUACGAAUUUGACAUGAACAACAGAAUAUUAACUAUUAAUUCAUACUGUAUAACGGAACGACCAGAAAAACGGUGA